GGGGGAGGGUUGGGUUCAUUUCGAACACUUUUCAACUCUUGACUGUUUGAGAAGUUCGGGAUCGUUGGUACAGACAUUUUCUAACACCUCCUAACCCAACACCCUCAACACCUCCCAACAUAACACCCUAAACGGGCAAACCCUUAGUGAUCAAAUUGUUAUGUUUGAAACAUGAGGGACUGAAUUGUAACGGAUGUUUCAUUUGCUGGAAUCAAUGAAUGGCACAUGGAUUUAGGGUAAAACAGUAGAGCGCGCUCAACAAACCGGGUGUACUUGUCGGGUCCGGUCUCUCUGAUUACUUCAAUCGUCGGUGAGUGAUUCUUUCCCCUUUUCCAUCAAUUUCUGAUUUUAUCCUACGUAUGAUGUUUAGGGUUCAUAUCUAUUUAAUUCCCAAAUUCUGAUCAUUUUGCGUUAUCGUUGUACAUAUGCCCUUUCAUUUCAAUUUUCUGCCUUGAUUAUCAACUUCGGUAGCUUUGUCAUUUGUUGCGUUUUCCUUCGUGUGCUUCAUCAGUUUACACGAUUGUUGUUUCCCAAGACAUGAUGGGUCUUGGAUCUUAUGGUGGUGGAGGAUUUCCCCCUUCGUCAUCUUCAAAUUUAUCAGCUCUAGCUCCAUCUUUUACGGUUGAUCAGUUCCUACCAAAACCCAAUUCAGGCCCACCUUUGGAUUUGACUCGAUCACCCUCUACCUCUCCCGUCUAUCCUUCUAUGCAUGAUUGGGUGGCUUCUCAUUACACUCCCUAUUCAAGAUCCGAUCCUUUCACCAACCCCAGCUCCCCAUUCGAUUCAACCCCAUCAUCUGAUCCUUAUGCAUAUCCAGGAACGCAGGUAUAUGACUUAUCCAGCGCCUAUGCGCACUCUCUGUACCCUGCUUCACCCGGCGCAUUAUUGUUUAAUAAAGGUUCCACUAUACCUAGUGAAGCCAAACCACAUUAUCCCUCAUAUGUCCCGCCCGAAACCCAUAACUAUAGUCCCUUUGUCUCCCACCAUCUGCAUAUUUAUGACUUGCCAUCGGCUUCUUCCGUUGGCAACAUGAAUGGGCAUGAUCACUGUGCUCAAAGUUUGCCCAAUACAAAAUUUAUGCAAGUGCCGUUUCCUGAUGGAUCUUGGGAGGGAUUGGUGGAUUUGAACCAGGGUGAGCCGGGCAGACUUACUGGGCGUAUCUCAAAAGAGAUGAAUUCAUCUGGUUCAUCCUUUUACAAGAAUCAUACGAAGCAAGUUCAUGCAUCCGAGGGUGAGAUAAGUUGUCAAUUUGCCCAUCUUAGUAAUAUUCAUGGUGCAGCGAAGGAGAAGCAGAUUGAGUCUGCAAGUAGGGAACAAAGUGAUGAUAAAUCCUUCCUUGGAAAACAGCCUUUGUUCAUGCCCUUGGAUCAUUCAGCAGAAUCAGUCUCUGGAUCCACUUUGCUACUUCCUGAAAAUUAUCCUCAGGCACCUUCUCUUGCUGUUAAUUCCUGGAGCUACAGAAUGCGAAACGCUGAUUCAUUUACAGAAUUCAUGGGACAGCAUGGUACUCAUCUGAAUGACGAUACAUCAGUCGUGAAGUCAUCUACUGGUCUCAAUGUUAGGCCUUCAUGUAUUGACAGCUAUUCUAUAGCACACAUUCCUGGUUCGUCUAAAAAUGUGAAUAUUGGUGCAGCUCACACAGAAGUUGCUAACAGUGAUCCCUCAAUUGUGAAAGAGCCCUGUCCCUUUGUGAAACCUGAAGGCAAAGUCCAUAAUAAUGCUCAACCACUCUGGUCUUAUUUGAAACAAAAUAACCAGAGCUAUGCAGAAACAUCCUCAGCUAAAGAACUUAAGUCGAGCAACUAUUCUGAUUUGCAGGAGGAUUUCUUUCAUUCUUACAUUGCAAAAUCUGGAGUUCUAAAGUUUAAUAUAUGUAAAAAUGGGUCAGAUAUGACAGUUGAUGAUAGCAAAUCCAUCAACACUGCUGCUGCUCAUAGUUCCUCUGAGAUUUUGGAUCCUUACAACCCUGUUGUGGACUUGCCAUGCUGGAAAGAAGCUUCACUUUCUAGUUUUUCUCUCCUUGAUACUUCUGAGGCUAUGUCUAAAGAGUGUAAGGAAGAAAUAGGCACCUGCAAAGGUUCUGAUCUUCAAGGGCCUAAAAGACUCCCUCCCAGUGCUGAUGAUGCUGCGAAUGCUUUUUCUCAUAGAUCAACCAAAAGAUCAGUGUGCCAUGUAAAUGAAAAUCCCAGAAAUCGUUUAGCAUAUUCUCUGAAGAGGCAUUCAGAUGUUAGUUUGCUCUUUACUGAGAAUGGAAUUGCUGAUACUAUGAAAGAUAACUAUAACUCCAACCAUGCAAAACCAAGCUGUGCCCAUACACAUCCCUGUUUUGAGGACACCAGUGAACCAAGGAAAGAAUUUCUCCCGUGCAGCAAGUCAGUAGAUGAUUCUGAUUAUGUGUCUAGUCACCUCAUGCAGCAUGUACCUGGAGAAAUUAAAUUGACGUCUGGAAUACAUGCACCAGCUGAUGUUGCGAAUGAUGAGAUUCUUGUUGGUUAUGCUCGAGAAGACAAUGGUUCAUCUCAUGUGGCAUUACAUGCUUCUGAGAAUGUCUCGUGUUCGACUUCUCCUGUUGCAAAUGCUCCUUCUGAGCUUAACCUUUCCAGAUUGUGUGAUGAAGAAUCAUAUAAGGAACUGUAUGUCCAGACACUGGUCAAUUCUAUGGUUAAUUUUUCAGAAUUACUACUGCUGCACUGUUCGAUUGAUGCAUGUCACCUGAGGGAACAACAUCACAAGGCCCUCAAAACUGUGAUGAACAACCUGGGUAAAUGUAUACCAAAAAAUGCUCAGCACAUGGAGUCUACUGGAGAAUCAAUGGUUACUGAGCAAGCCACUUCUAAAUUUUUUGGGGAGCUGCCUGAAUUUCAGAAGGGGAUUAGUGCGGAGAGGCCAAUGGUUUUAGAGGCAACUGCUACUGAUUUUCUGAGUCAGCUGGACCCUCAGCUUAUCCAAAAGGAAGAGAAAUGCUACUUUGUGCCUAAUAAGAAAAAAGAGAAACACUCGGAUUUUGUUUCUGUAAGGGGUGAUGCAGAUGUGGCAAAUCAUGUUAAUAUGACCCAGGCUAUAAAGAAGGUCCUUAGUGAGUGUUUUCAUGAAAAGGAAGGAAAGGACGAGCAAGUUCUCUUAUAUAAGAAUCUGUGGCUUGAGGCGGAAGCUUCAUUAUGUUCCCUUAAUUGUAUAUCUCGCUUUAAUCGCAUUAAAACCGAGGUGGAGAAAUGCAACUUUCUUGAAUCAAAAGAAAAUGCAUGCACGGAGAAAUUGCCAAAUUAUCAGGUUUAUCUUGAUCCAGCUACAGUUAAUACUUCAGCACCUCAGGCUCAGGAUGGCCCAACAAUGAAUCGUUCCCCUGUCAUUAGCACAAGCAGCCAUACAGAUGAUGUUAUGGCUAGAUUUUUCAUCUUAAAAUCACGGAAUGGCCACUCUGAUUCCAUGAAAAUCCCAGAUGAAAUAGAAUCAAGCUUUCAGGAUUCCCCACAUUUGAACAUUGUUGACAAAUUGGCUUCUGAAGUUAAAGAUGACACAAGCAACACUGCAGAUGAUAUUCUUGCCAGAUUCCGAGUCAUAAAAUCCCAUGUCGAACAGUCUAAUUCUAUGAACAUCACAGUUGCAGAAAAACUAGCAAGCUCCAUAGUUUCUCCUGGUCUAAACGAGUUUGAAAAUUUUGGACUGGAUGUGAAGGAUAGCCUGAGCUCUGCUAUAUCCAUCCAGGGUUAUCCCAUUCCUAGCCAGACCAGCCAUGAAGAUGAUGUUGAGGUUUCUGUCAUGUCCAGAUUCGAUCUUCUGAAAUGUCGUGUUGACAAUUCGAGUUCCAUGGACAUGGAAAAUGUGAUAAGGCAUUGGCCUUUUAUUAAAGACAUGUCCGACUUAGAAAUUGAAGCAGUAUUGCAGGAUGAUGCCACCAACUUUACUAAAGACACGUCAACUUCAAAAGGGUUCUCUCUACAGGUAAAGGAUGACCAUGUUAUUCAACCAUCUAGUACAAGCGAACUCGGAGAUCAACUUCCUGCUGGUUGGUAUGAUGGCUGUUCGUCAGACUGGGAACUUGUAUUGCAAGAGUAGCUUGCAUGCCUGUGCAAUUGAACCUCGGGUUGGGUCCUGAAUGCUCCUUAGCUUGUGAAUGGUGCAUCUUUCGAAUAUAAGGUAUUAUAUUAGACCGGGACAGGCAUUGUGGAUUGCUGUUAGCUUGUUACCCUCUUUGAAUUUUUAAGAUCUUUUAAGCUGGAUUUUUGUUUAUGACUUUAUGCUUUCUUUAAAUACUGAUUAUUAUA